CAAUAUUUAUAUAUGUAUAGUAAAAACGAAUGUGUACCAUAACCUAUCACGUUGUUUAGGCUUUAUUGUAAAUAGUUAUUCCAUUAAUUAAUAUUUCAUAUAUUUCUCUGUAUGUUUGGUAACGUUGUGAGAAAGUAAAAGCAAAGAUUUUUGAAAAAUGGAUGAAUUAGGUGAGCCUAUGGACGUGGAGGUAGAGCCAGCAACUGAUGACAGCAAAGUUGUUGAUUCUGCUGAAACCAAUGUAAAACCGUUCAAUUUGAAUGAUGUACAAGUACCAGAGGUACAUUUAGACAGCCGCUAUGAAAAUCGUGGUGCUGCCUUUACAACAGGUAUAGACAUAUUUAGUAAAGAAGAAAAAAUGAAGAUGGAAGAGAGAGCUAAACGUUUUGGAUUAACAGACAAGAUAAAAAACAAUGUGUCGAACCAAGAGCAAGAUUUGUAUUCUAGUAUGGGUGUUGCAGAAGAUAAUGAAAAUACUAAGAAUAUUAGACUGAAUGUGAUACACAUGAGGGGCACCGAAGAUAUGAGUACCAAAGAUGUAUUCAAGUAUUUUGAGGACUAUGCUCCAGCAUCUAUUGAAUGGAUUAAUGAUGUAUCAUGUAAUAUAGUAUGGUUAGAUAAUGUGUCUGCAGCUAGAGCAAUGUUAGGCUUGUCAAAAAAAAUUGUGGGUUUAGAAAAGCCAGAUCAAAAAAACACGAAAUUAUUUGAUAGUAAUCCAGAUGAAGAAAAUAAUGUAACUAAUAAUGUUGAAAUGAACGAUGACGAGGCUCCAAAAUAUACAGAAGGAGACUACAUAAACAUCAAGGAUAUCAGUUGUCCGUUACCUCCUGGUUUGUGGAGGAAGGGUAUAGACUACCCAAAAUCUAAAGCAAUAUUUCUCAGGUUCGCUACUAGAGCAGAUAAGAAACAGCCAAAUGCUGAAAAGAUGAGUGAAUAUUAUAAAAAAUAUGGAAACCCUAAUUUUGGAGGUAUCAAAGGAAUUUUAACAGAAUCUCGUAAGCGAAUGUACAAACAAAUUAAGCAGAAUAAAAGAAAGUUCAGGGAUGACUCCCAGGGAGAUGUUAAAGAUAGCAAACGCAUAAAAAAUCCAUGGGGAGCACUGUCAGAAAGUUGGGGACUCAGUGACGCUAUGGAGAACGAUUUUGUUGAAAGAACCGAACCCAAGGAACAGGGGCGUAGUAUAAAAGAAAGAUUAGGUGUAAAGCAACCUCCAAAAGAUUCAACACACACGGAUGAACGACAAGGCAGUUCUAGCGAGGGUGAAGAGGACUGGUGUAAAAGAAGUAAAGUGUUGCGAAUGCGAAUGCAUGCAGACGACGAAGAAGAAAAAAUACAUAAACGUCGUGCGCAACUUAAACAAACAAUGUUAAGCACUUUAAACAAGGAUAAUGAUUUACGUUCAAGGCUUGGCAAGUCGAGAAAAGGGAUGCCUCAGUUUCGUGAUGCGAUUCAAGUAGUUGUAACAAAUACAAACGCAGCUAAACCGAAUCCAUUAAAAGUUAACGAUUCAGAGGAAGAAGACGGUGAAAUUAUAGAAGAUAAUGAAAGUCAGGAAAAAGAAGAAGGCGAAUGGCAAGCGUCAGACGUAGAGGAGCAUGAAGAAGAAGAUGAUGAAAAUGAAGACUAUAGCGACGAUAGCGAUAAACCUGCAAAGGAAGUACAAGGUCCUAAGGGCAGUGUGAUAAAAGUAGUCCAGCAUAAACCUCGCGUUGCUUCUACGGUAUGGGCGAGACUAAAUCACGUAAAAAGCGAAGUCAUCGAUAACUCUGUCAAAGACAGGCAACCAAAGGUACGAGAUCUAAGAAGUACCUUAAAAGGUGAUCUUCGAUCCCGAAUCGGCAAUCACACUAGAGGCCGUUCUCCAUUAAGGAUAGAAGUGAAAAAUGACAAAUAUACAGAGGAAGGAAGUGAAACGGAAUAAUUUUUAAUCGAACUAUCAUAGUGUGAGAUAUGGUUGUGGUGAUUCCGUGCAGGAGUACAGCAUGGUGAAAACUUUCUAAUUGGUGUAUAAAAAUAUAUAAAAUGCACUCAUUACUCCGAACCCAUUACGGUUUCAUUUAAAAAAAAAAUUGAAAUAAUACUGUAUGAUCUGUUUUACUAGAUGGACGUAUUUAGUUAGAUUAAAUCAAUUAAAUUUGGAAUAUUACAAAAUUUAGUUUCAAAUGUAUAUCAGAAAUAAUUUGGUGCUAUCAAAUGAAUUAGUUGCUUGAAUAUAUACGAGUUAAAAGUUUCGUAUUUUUGCAAUUCAUAUAUGCAUUGACUGUUUAACGUUUAAAAUGUUAAUACCUUUUACAUACCGAUAUUUUAGAUAUUAUCUUUCUAUCUAUAAUAAACGGGUAAUGAGUGCUUUCUGAGAUGUAUAUAGAUAUUGUCUAACAUAAAUGAUCAUACAAGUAGACUUUCAUCAAAUGAAUAAGGUACUGAAAAACAAAGUAUAUUUUUAAAUAUUCGUUUGUACGAUCGAUGAUAUUUUCUUGAGAAUCGUGCAUUUUUAGUGAUUGCAAUAUAAUCAAAUCAUGUUGAAGAAAAAAAUAUUUUAUAACAAAGUUGUAUGCUGAAGUAUGAUAGAAGAUUUUGCAGACGAAUAUUUAAUUGAUUAUGCAUCGAAUCCAUGGUAAUGAUCUUUUGAUUUUUUUUUCUUUUUUUUUGUAACCAGUCAAAACUAAAACAUCACAUACUUAAUGCUCAAUAAGAUUGUAAAUAAAAAAUGGAAUUAUGCGAGUCGAAUAGUUAUACGUACAAAGCAUUUAGGAUAUAUUUUCCUUACGUAUUUUGCGAAUAAUGAAAUGUUUCGUAAUCUGUAAUUUCUCAGAAUUGUACAUUAAAAAAAAAAUUUAAUAACGGUGAUGAAUCCAUAGUUUUCUGCGAGUACAAAACGCAGAAUAUAAAUCUGUAUGCAACUUUUUCACGUAUCUGAAAGAAAAAAUAGAAUUAUAUAGAAAAAACAGGAAGUAAGGAUAACAAUAAUUGUGACUUCGAUUCCGAAUAAUUGACCAAUAAAGCCGCUUUUAUAUUAGCACAAUAAUA